UGAUCGGUGGCAUCUUGUUCGAUUGCUCUCCCCUGCCUAGAUGGACAACAUGGCCACGAUGUUUUGAGUAAUCUCUGUCAGGGUCGUUUGUUUCGGAAAGCUAAACGUAACACUGCAAAACAUCGAAACCCUCAAGAGUAAUGGGUUUAACACAGAGCAGUGGUGCACCUGAGGGGGGUACAGAAGGAUAUCAUGUCCAUGGGAUUCAAGAGGACUCACCGGCAGAGAAAGCUGGUUUGGAACCGUUUUUUGAUUUCAUCAUAUCCAUCGGUCAUAAUCGUCUUAACCAGGAGAAUGAAAUGCUCAAGGACCUCCUCAAGGCUAAUGUGGAGAAACCGGUGAAGAUGGAAGUGUAUAGCACAAAGACCAUGAGGAUGCGAGAGUUGGAAGUGGUUCCCAGCAACAUGUGGGGUGGUCAAGGACUUCUGGGAGCCAGUGUCCGCUUCUGCAGCUUUCAAGGAGCCAAUGAAAACGUUUGGCAUGUUCUCGAUGUGGAGCCAAAUUCACCAGCAGCAUUGGCCGGACUCCAGGAACAUUCAGAUUUCAUUGUUGGAGCUGAUCAGGUUCUCCAAGAUUCAGAGGAUUUCUUCUCCCUAAUUGAAGCCCAUGAGGGGAAACCACUGAAGCUGCUGGUCUACAAUACAGAGACUGAUAAUUGCAGGGAGGUGAUUGUCACACCAAAUGGUGCCUGGGGCGGAGAAGGCAGUCUCGGCUGUGGCAUUGGAUAUGGCUACCUGCACCGAAUCCCAGCACGACCUGACAGCCCAAAAUCUGAAAAAGUCAGUCCAAAAGCUUCUCCUGUGGCAGGAACGCCAGAGCAAGAGCUUCCUACAAAUGGAUUCACAGAGGUGUCCUUAAUGGCGUCUAGUCAGUCAAUGAGUGGCUUUGAUCUUGACACCCCGCUGCCACCUCCCCUUCAGAGAGUCAUGGAUCCUGGUUUCUCGGAUCAGUCAGAAGUGGCCAUGAUGAAUUCGGAGGUGUCAGACAUAGCAGACCGACUGGACCUAUCCACUUCUUCCAUUGACAUGACGAACACAUCCCUAGCUGUCCGAGAGGACAUUGACGUAUCAGGUGUCGAGGAGCUUCAAGAUAGGGAGGUUCCUAGUGGUAACCCUGAGGAGCAAAAUACAGAGGAAUAUCCAGCUGUGGAUUUCAGUUCUUCUGUUGCACCACUUUCACACUUUCCUCCUCCCCUUUCUCUCUCACACCCUCUUCUCCCAAAUCUGCCUCUCGAGCAUAGCUUGCCCACAGACAUGGCAUAUUUGAUGAAUUCUUCAAUCCCAUCUCUCGACUCUUCUGUGCCUCCUAUAGACAUCUCUUCCCUGCUCAUUGACCCCGCCGCCCUUCAUCUCGAGUCAUCUGCCCCACCUGCAGAAUAUCCCGUGCAACCCAACGAGUCCUCACCUUUCUCCUCAGAAAGUGAUGGUGUCAAUCAGGGUUUUUCUGAUGAGCCACAGUCUCAAAAGAGCAGCUUGUCUGCGGGCAGAGCAGAGGCCGUAUCCUCUGACCUGAUGUCUUUCGAUUCCCAUAAUGCACAUGUCAAAGAUGAAGCUGCUUCUCAGUAGUGACACUACCAAGUACUACCUUGAGUCUUGUUUACGCAGUUGCACAAAAAUCACUGAGUGUGUGUUUCUUAAUGGAUUUGUUACUGUUAGGAUCAGGUGUGUUUUUUAAACGGUUGUGUGCAAUUUACGUUUUAUUUUGCGUUUUAGUUUGCAUCUAGUAGUCAUGAUGAUUGUAUGCUGUUGUUUUAAAUUGUGUAGAUCUUAAUUUAGAAGAUAAUGUUUUAUGUUACUAAAUUGAAACCUUUUUAUUUAGCUUGAUUAAUUAAAACCGCUUAGAUUUUUCUACCAGAUUUAAACCCCCCCAAAAUCUCAAACUUUAUUUAAUUGACAAUUUGUUCUUAAUAUUUGUAGUGUUUAUUUAGCUAUGACACAAACACUCAUGGGUUACGGUGUUAAAUUGAACUGUAGAUUAUAGAGCUAAUGUUAGAAUAUACAUAAGGAUCAUUAGAACACUGACAAAAUCAUUUUGUCUAGAAAAAGCAUUAAAUUUUUUUGUCUUACUUUGUUACAUAUAAUAUUUUAGAACCUGUUAGGGUUUUAUUGAUUUAGUGAUUUUGGUUGUUGUGGGAAUGUUUAAGCAAAGGACAUUUUUUUAAUGCUGGACAAGGGUUUUGUAUUUGUUUAGUUUUGCGAACUAAAAUCUUCCCGGCUAAUUAGAUUUUUAAACUUAUUUUGAUGUGAUUAUAGAAUUUUUCAACAGAAAUAUUUAAUUGGAAUAUUUGCAACUUAGUCUUCAUUCAUAGUGAUUUAUGUGAACUUUAGGUUUAAAAAAAAAUGCUAUAUUUAUUUGUUGAAAACAGAGUUAAAUCAACACUAGAGGAAUGUUGCCACAGUAAAAUGUGCUUUUCAUGUCAUUUAUUGAUCUAUGCAAAUACAGAUAUUGUAUUAAUGCCAAUGGAAUUUCUGUGGUAAUGAGUAUAAUCAUCAAUGCCACAUUUUAAGAAUAGUGUCAGACACAGGACUUUAUUUUUUUCUGUUUUGAUGAUGAGAAGAGCGAAAUAAUACAAUACCACUUUGAAAAUUUCAGUCAUGAACCAAGACUUUAUACGUGUCUAUACAGGCAAAGUUAUUCCUGAUUACAUCUCUUUGCAUGGACGUGAUCUUGGAACAUCACAAGGGUGAAGAGACAAUGUUUUUAAUUUGACUUUAAAAUUUGAUUUUAACAGAAAAUGGCCUACUGUACCCACAUAAACUGUAUUUUUGGGGUUUCUGGAAAAAUAUCAGAUUGAAAAACAUUGCAACCAUCCACAGCAAUAAAAGAUACACAACAUGAA